AAAGAAUUUCGAACCCAAUUACUUGAUCAAUUGUAUUGUUAUGUCAUACCAAUGAUGGAUGGUAAGACAUAUGAAGUGAAAGAGAAUCGUGUCAUCAAUGGGUUUGAUAAGAGUUGGACCUUCAUUGUUGAGUAUGAUGUUUCUACAUCUAAAGAAAUGUGUAGUUGCCACUUGUUCGAGUUUCGAGGCAUUUUGUGUAGACAUUUUCUUAUGGUGGCACUAAGAUAUAAUGUCAAAGUGUUGCCUGAUUGUUACAUACUACCAAGGUGGCGGCGAGACAUCAAAAGAGCUUACACCCGAGUGAAGAUCAAUUACGACGGGUGGAUAACUACGGUGGAACAAGAAAGGUUUGAUAGGUUGUGUACGACAUUUGAGACCCUUGCAAACACCAUUGCCGAUGAUCCGGAAAAAUGCAAUAGCGUUAUGAUGUGGCUGGAACGGCAAUUGGAACUACAUAAACCCGCUCCUCCAUAUCAUUCCUCUAUAUGUGGUGUGUUGACACCGUUACCGGUACCGGAUAGUGGUGUGCAUGCGGAAGUACCACAACAAAUUAAGGAUCCAAAGUCAGCAAAACGCAAAGGCGCUCCCAAGAAAAAUCGUUUGAAGGGGCCGCUGGAAAAGGGGAAAUCCAAGUCAAAGCCAAAUACGCACAAGAAACGAAGCACAAUGGACAAUGCUCGACAGGAGUACGCUGGACAGGGGUUCGCGGGACAGCCGUACACUGGAGAAGGCUACGGUGGAGAGGGGUUCGCGGGACAGCCGUACACUGGAGAGGGCUUCGUUGGAGAGGGGUACCAUGGUCAAUAUGAUUAUGGUGCAGUCAACAAUAGUAUGACACUACAAUAUCAAGACAGUUUAGAUUUAAAUCUGACUUUGUUUUGAGACAUAUGGCACUUUUUAAGUACUUAUUUGAAAUACAUUAGAAUGUUAUGUUUUUUUGUGUGGUGUAG